AUUCAAAUCACAUGAUGAAGCUUUUCACUCUUAUUAAAUAUUUUUAUGUCUGUCCUUUUCUGGUUUUGUUUUAUCCAUUUGAUGUGACAGCUACAUUUGAUGAACCUCCUUAUAAAAACCAUUCAUUUCCUGCUGUUAUAGCAUUUGGUGAUUCGAUCUUGGAUACUGGCAACAACAACUAUCUUUCAACAAUAGUGAAGGCAGAUUUCAAACCGUACGGGAGGGAUUUUAUUGGAGGAAAAGCAACAGGAAGGUUUUGCAAUGGAAAAGUCCCUUCAGAUGUUUUUCUUGAAUACCUUGGUAUAAAGGAGGCCAUGCCACCUUAUCUUGAUCCAAAUUUGAGUACUGAAGACCUCUUAACUGGAGUGUGUUUUGCAUCUGCUGGUUCAGGAUAUGAUCCUCUUACAAUUGAACUAGGAUCGGUGUUAUCAGCAGAGGAUCAACUAGAAAUGUUCAAAGAGUAUAUAGGAAAACUGAAGGAAGCUGUGGGGGAAAAUAGGACAGCUGAGAUUAUAGCAAAUAGCAUGCUUAUCAUAAGCAUGGGAACCAAUGAUAUUGCAGGAACAUAUUAUCUGUUGGCACCAUUCAGACAGCUUGAAUAUGAUAUAGAAAAUUAUACAAGCAUGCUGGUCAGUGCAAAUUCAAAAUUUGUUGAGGAUCUUUAUCUAUUGGGAGCAAGAAGGAUUGGAAUAUUCAGUUUAUCACCAAUAGGAUGUGUGCCACUGCAAAGAACCAUAAAAGGAGGCCUAUCAAGGGAAUGUGUAGAGAUUUUAAAUGAGGGAGCAUUGAUCUAUAACGCCAAGCUUUCCACUUCAAUUUUAGAUUUAGCAAGAAAACUUCCAGAUUCAAGGCUUGUCUACCUUGAGAACUUUAGUCAAUUGCAUGACAUUAUCAUAAACCACAAUGACUAUGGAUUUGAAAAUGGGGAUGGUUCAUGCUGUGGCAUUGCAAAUAUAGAACUUGGUCCUCUCUGUAGUUCUUUCACCUUGAAAGUGUGUAAUGAUACCUCUCAAUAUGUGUUCUGGGACAGUUACCAUCCCACAGAGAAAGCUUACAAAAUACUUGUCAAAGAAAUCUUAGAUAAGAAGCUCGAUGAGUUUGUUUGAAAAUAUAAUUUUCCUUUCAAGAGUAGGACUUAUACCCUCCAGUGAAUCUAACGCUGAGAUUGGAAAACCAUUAAAUAUAUUUUACCAGUUUAUGAAUUAUACUGUACAAUGAAAUUAAAUAAAGGUUCAACAAAUAUAGUAACAGACCUGGAUAUGUCAUGCUUAUAAUAUUGCACUAAGGAUUUUGUCAAAAUCAAGAUGGAAUAAUUGAAAGGAUCUUAUGACAAGCAUGAAUAUUUUAACUA